AUGGCGAAGCGCGACACCGGCAAGAUAUACAGCGCGACAUACAGCAAUGUACCGGUGUACGAGUUCGGUGUGGAAGGCAACCAUGUGAUGCGCCGGCGCUCCGACGACUGGAUCAAUGCGACGCACAUCCUGAAGGUUGCCGAGUAUGACAAGCCAACUCGGACAAGAAUCCUGGAGCGUGAGGUGCAGAAAGGCGUUCAUGAGAAGGUCCAAGGAGGAUACGGCAAAUAUCAGGGCACAUGGAUCCCACUGCCGGACGGGAAGGACCUUGCGAUGAAGAACAAUGUGUACGAGAAGCUGCGGCCCAUGUUCGAGUUCGUGCCGGGCGAUAAGAGUCCGCCGCCUGCGCCCAAGCAUGCCACCGCUGCCUCGAGCAAGCCGAGGGCUCCGCGUGCACCUGCGCAACCACGUCGUCAGCCAGCUCCCGUGGUCCAAGAAUACGAACCCAUGGACAUGCACAUGCGUGAGCAGGAAACUCCCGAUAAUGUCACCAUCGUCUCAGAAUCGGCUUACGACGAUUACGAUCCGCACUACACCAGCUCGCGUAAGAGAAGGCGGGUGGAAGAUACCAUGUCGCAGGCAGAUCGAGAGUUCCGCCUGUGGGCCGAUGAGCUGCUGGACUAUUUCAUGCUGCAGGACAACCCCAUCGACUCACUCCCUUCGGCACCAGAUCCGCCUCACCACGCCAAUCUGAACCGCCCAAUCGACGACAAAGGCUACACAGCCCUUCACUGGGCGGCUGCGAUGGGUGACGUUGAAGUGAUGAAGGACCUCAUUAGGCGUGGAGCUUCGAUUGAGAUCCCUGCUAAGAAUGGGGAGACACCUCUCAUGCGAGCCGUCAUCUUCACCAACAGCUUCGAUAAGCAAAACAUGGACAAACUCGCUGGCCUCCUCAUCCGCACAGUGAACAUGCAAGAAUGGUACGGUAGCACCGUCUUCCAUCAUAUUGCCAAUACUACGCAGAAGAAGAGCAAGUACCAGUGUGCCAGAUACUACAUGGACUGUCUCUUGAACAAGAUGGCAGAAAGGCUUUCGCCGCCGGAGACUGAGAAUAUCUUGAACUUCGUGGACCAAGCUGGUGAUACGGCGACCACGAUCGCUGCACGCAAUGGCGCGAGGAAGUGUGUCCGGAGUCUCAUCGGCCGCAAUGCAGCUACUGAGAUUCAGAACAACAUGGGCGAGACCGCCGAUCAGUACAUCGUUCAGCUGAACCACCGUCGUCAGGAGCGGGUGAACAACCGACAGAUGUCCUCUUCACCAUUCCAGGCGGACGGUCAUCAUCACGGAUCGACGCUUGGUGGUGCCAUGCAGGCGCCCACAAGCAACGGCAUACCCUUUGAUCCACUCGUGCCGCAUUCGUCCCUGAACGGCGCUCCAUCCGGUCUGAAAGGUGCUAGCUCGGACGUAUAUCAAUCAGACGGCGCCAUCGCGAUCACCGCCCAGAUGAUCCCUGCUCUUGUCAACAAAGCCAGAACGCUCGCCUCUAGUUUGGACGACGAACUGGCUGAGAAGGAUGCAGAGUUGAUCGAAGCCGAGCGUGUGGCGAACAUGCGUCGCUCAGAGCGAGACACCAUCCGCAAGCAACAGGAGGAGCUCCGUGCCAAAGAAAUGGAACAGACGAGCGGCGGGGUCGAGACAGAUGAGCAUCUGCAGCGGGAGCUCGAACAGCUUGAAGCAGAGUGCAGGGUCCUGACCGAAGAAGAAGAGGCCCGAAACCUGAAGCGCCUGCUUGAGGAAGAAGAGUUGAAGCUGGGCCGCUUCUCAGAAACCAGCGCCGAAGACGGAGACGACGAAAUUUCGGCCCGAAAGAAGCUGCGCAUCGCCCGCGAGCUGAUCGCAAUCAACCACGAGAGGAAGGAGCUCGUGCACCAGAUCGUCCGGAACAUGGCAUUGGCCGGCUACGACAACAAGCAGGACAUGUAUCGACAGCUCAUCUCCGGUGCGCUUGGGGUCAAGGAGGAGGAUGUUGAGAGCGUUCUGCCUGAGAUCGCGUCGGAGUUGGAGGAGUGGCGUGGCCUUGAGAGCGUUGGAGCUUAG